AUGGAACCUGACAAUCAUGAGAAUGACAGGGGUGAGUGUGAUUGGAAGCCUAGAGUUCGCAUGACAUUUGAUACAGAACAAGAAGCAUAUGAUUUCUAUAAUACUUAUGAACGAAGGUUAGGCUUUAGUAUUAGAAGGGGUUAUGUAAACAAGAGCAAAGAGGGGCAAAUCACUUCAAGGCAAUUUGUUUGUAAUAAGGAGGGAUUUUGGGUUGUCGACAAGCGAGAUCCAUUAACAAAAAAUCUUAGGCAGGAAGUGAUGACUGGUUGUCAAGCCAGACUUGUCAUUAAGUGGAAUAUGAAUAUUCAGAAAAUUUUUGUUAGUGAUUUUGUUGAACAACAUAAUCAUAUCUUCGUACCAGCAGAAUGUACGCAUAUGUUACCACCCCAAAGGAAGAUAUCUGCAUCACAGGCAACCGAAAUAGAUUUAGCCGAAAAAUCUGGAAUCCGUCUUAAUGAUGCAUUUGAGCUCAUGGGUAAUGAAGUUGGUGGAAGGGAGUCGCUUGGGUUUACAAAACUUGACCCAAAAAAUUAUUUGAGAACGAAGAGGAAAAACAGUUUAGCAUAUGGGGAGGCAGGUAGCAUUUUGCAAUAUUUUCGUGACAAAUCAUUGGAGAAUCCAUCUUUUUUUUACUCGGUCCAAUUAGAUAACGAGGAGCAGAUUACGAACAUAUUUUGGGCCGAUGCUCAGAUGAUCAUGGAUUAUGGGCAAUUUGGUGAUGUUGUCACUUUCGACACUACUUACAAGUUACAUAGUGCACAUAAACCAUUUGCAUCUUUUGUUGGAUUUAACCAUCAUAAGGAAACUGUGAUAUUUGGUGCAGCUUUGAUGUAUGAUGAGACCGCCGAUUCUUUCGUAUGGCUUUUUAGAAGAUUCUUGGAGGCAAUGUCAAGUAAGGCUCCAAAAACAAUUUUUAUGGAUCAAGAUGCUGCAAUAGCUAAGGCCAUACCUAUUGUCAUGCCUAACACAACCCACCGCCUUUGCACUUGGCAUUUGAUGCAAAAUGCAUUAAGGCAUGCAAAUUCUAUCUUCAAGGAUAAGGAGAUGAAGAGUGUUUUAUACACGUUUAUGUACGACAUUGAGGAUAAGAAAGAGUUUAUGUUAAAAUGGGAGGAAAUGCUUGACAAGUAUGAAGUAAGAGAUAAUCAUUGGUUGAAGUUAACAUUUGGGGUCAAGGAAAAAUGGGGUUGGCUAUAUGUUAGAAAUGCAUGGGGUGCGGGCAUGAGUAGCACCCAACUUAGUGAAUCCUUUAAUGCUUUCUUGAAGGAUUUCAUUCAGUCUGAUCAUAACUUAAUGCAAUCUUCCAUGCAUUUUGAUCGAGUUUUGUCUGAGAAAAGGUACAAAGACUUACAAGCCGAAUAUGCUCUAUGCCAAAAGUUGCCAAGGGUGAAUAUUAAAAUGAAGAUUAUGGAGCAAGCUGCAGAUGUUUACACAAAUAAAAUUUUUGAAGAAUUUCAGGAUGAGUAUGUCAAGUCCCUUGAAGUCAACAUUGAAGAAAUUGAAAAUGAUGGUGAGAGUACCGUUUAUACGGUUCUUGAUAGUAAUGGUAUAAAGGUGAGGAAGGUGAGGCAGGAGUGUGAUGAUUCGGUCACUUGUAAUUGUAAGAAGUUUGAAAUAAAGGGCAUUUUGUGUAGUCAUUAUUUGAAGAUCCUUAGAGAAAGACUCAAAUUGAAAGAGAUUCCUUCACAAUAUAUUCUGAAGAGAUGGACUAAAAAAGCAAGAUCUGAAAAAGUGAAAGAUAGGUGUGGGCAUGAUAUUCAGGUUGAUGUAAGAUUGCAUCAAACUUCACGUUAUAGGUCAUUGAUGGCAAUAUUCAGAUCAGUAGCGUGUAGAGCUUCUGAAAGUGAGGAAACAUAUAAUUUGACGGUCGAGAAAGCGAAUGAAUUAAUUGCAAACAUUGAAACCAUGUUAAGCGCAAAAUUCAAUAUGCCUUGUUCAAAUACUAUUCAACAAGAAAGCCACCCCAACACAUGCCCCGAAAGCUUUGAAGUGGAUAGUGUAGCGGAUAAAAAUGUAGUCCAAGCAAAAGGACUCAAGAGAAAAGAGUGCACACUCCUCAAACUCCUCCCUUAUUUUCAGCAAAAUAAUGCUGAAUUUAUUCUGAAUAAUGCUGAAAUUGCUGCACACUCUUGCAGAAUAAUGCUGAAUUUAUGCUGA